GACCAUAAUGAGCGCACAGAUGCUGUACAUGUAAAACAGUGGCAGGCUGCUGUUGCUGCUUGUGUGUCUCGGCUCCCUCUUUAACAUCGAAGGACAUUGUUGUAUUUUAUUUCUAUUUCCCCCUUUUUUUUCGUCACAUUUCGACUCAUUUGGACUUUGUGCGGUUUUUCUCUCAAUUCUCCUCGCGCCGAACUUGCCAUGAGCAUCACACGGCUGGAGACCUGAAGCGUCGGGUCCGGAGGAGGUGAAGAUGCCUCAUGGACCGCUCCAUCGGCACCAGUGCGCCACUUCAGGGCAUCGACAACCCAGAAUAACAAAGAAAUGCCGAGGUUUAGCGUCAGAUGGAUGGUUGCGCUGCUGCUGAUUGUCGUGGUCGGCGGCGCUUUCUUUUUCUGCGAGUAUCUCAUCUACUUCCCUGCCAUCCUGCAGUGCGCCUGGCCGAAGACCAGCCAUGCCCGGGCAGGGACCGAGGGCACGGACGGCCGCCCCGCGCAGGACACAGCCGUCCGUGCGAUGGUUCUGUCGGACACGCACCUCCUGGGAGCCGUGGGGGGACACUGGUUCGACAAGCUGAGGAGGGAAUGGCAGAUGGAGCGAGCUUUCCAGACCGCGCUGUGGCUGCUCAGGCCCGAGAUUGUCUUCAUUCUCGGGGACAUCUUCGACGAAGGCAAGUGGAGCUCGCAGAAGCACUGGGAGGACGACGUGCGCCGCUUCCACAGGAUGUUCAGACACUCCACUGACACAGAACUGGUUGUGCUGGUUGGAAACCACGACAUCGGGUUCCAUUAUGAGAUGGACUGGUUCAAGCUGCAGCGCUUCGAGAAGGUCUUCAACGCUUCCUCCACCAGGAUUGUCACCAAAAAGGGAGUGAACUUCCUGCUGGUGAACAGCGUGGCUCUGCACGGCGACGGCUGCCCCAUCUGCCAGUCAGUGGAGAAGGAGCUGAUCAAACUCUCCAAAGAUCUCAACUGUUCCCUUCAGAGCUUGCAGCCUGGCGGUGGAGCAACGGACGGCUGUGACGGCUCGCAGCUCUUUCCUCCCUCGUCCCCCAUCAUGUUACAGCACUAUCCUCUGUACAGAGUGAGUGAUGCUGGCUGCACAGGACAGGAUGCUGCACCGCCUGAAGAGCGACACCUGCUGUUCAGGGAGAAGUAUGACGUGCUGUCUAAGGAGGCCUCACAGAGGCUGCUGCAUUUGUUCAAGCCCCGCCUCAUCCUCAGUGGACACACCCACAGCGGAUGUGAGGUUCUCCAUGACAACAAGUACCCCGAGAUCAGCGUUCCGUCCUUCAGCUGGAGGAACAGGAACAACCCCAGCUUCAUCCUGGUGAGUAACAACACAGCCUGGAAGGAUUCACCCAAACAUAGAGAAGACGUCCAAAAUACAUUUACCCUCACUAUUCUCCUGCUUGUUUCCUCCUUUUCUCCUCCUCCUCCUCCGCAGGCGUCGGUGUCGCCUGACAGUUACACUCUGUCCAAGUGUUUCCUGCCGGAGGAGAGCACGGUGAUCGGCGUGUACUGCUCGGCCGGCGCCUGCCUGAUGCUGCUCGUCCUGGCUCACUGUAUGUGGAUAAAAGGCCUGCUGCAGUGCUCCAGCCUCUGUCUGCUGGGCAAGCACAAGUCUCUGUGAACUACGUUACCCAGAGUGCACCUCGGGGUGGCAGGACAGAACUAUGAAGUGGGCAGUUUACAGAUAACUUGAUGUGACUUUCCUCCUCGGAACGGGCGAAGACGUCCGGUCGUACCAUCUCCAGUCGUGAGCGCAAGUGUUCUUCAGCACUGUGAAGGACUCGAAUAUAGAUUUUAAAUGUCUUUAAAGGACUAUUCUGCUGUUUUUAUGUGGGCCACAUGUGGGGGAACUUCUCUUGUAACUUUCGGAAUCACUUAUUACAAAUCAAACAAGCAGAUUUGUACAUUCUAACGACCCCCUGCUCUUAUUUUAAGGUGUUACAGUCACAUGUAAGUAUGCUGGUAAUUGAUGUCUCUGUCACUCUGAUGAUUAACUGUGAUCUGCUGUAAACACUUUGUUGUUGUCGUCGUCAUCUGACCGUCCAUCCGGUCAACCCUUGUUUUUAUGAAGCACAUUUGAAUAUAUGUAUUUAUUGCUGACAUUUUGUGCCAAAUGUUUGUGAGAUUUUAUUUUAUUUUUUUGCCAAACUGUAAAGACAUUUCUGAUGAACUGUACAUAAAUAAAAGAGAGUAUUAAGACGA